AUGGGGUCAGAUCAAUGUUUUGCCCGAUUGAAUAUUCUUGAGAUAAAAUCCCUCAUUUACCAGAAAAUCGGGCAUUCGAGAGCAGACUGUUACUUUGAUCAGCUUGGUAAAUUCCUUACCUCGAGGAUAAGCAAGUCUGAAUUUGAUAAGCUUUGUUUCAAGACGAUUGGUCGGGAAAACAUCCCGCUUCACAAUCGUUUAGUACGUUCCAUCCUCAAGAAUGCAAGUGUUGCUAAAUCUCCUCCCCCACCGCGGUAUCUGAAGAAAUCCCAGUCUCUUUAUGGGGAUUCUGCUUUCCCUCCUUCGCCUCGGAAAUGCAGGUCAAGGAAAUUUAGAGACCGGCCAAGUCCGCUUGGUCCACUUGGGAAGCCUCAAAGUAUUACUACUACAAACGACGAGUCAAUGUCAAAGGUACAAAGACUUCCGAUGGAAGUGGAAGAUGGAGAAGAGGUUGAACAAAUGACGGGAUCUCCAGGUGUGCAAAGCAGAAGCCCGUUAACUGCUCCACUUGGUGUUUCUAUGAACGGAGUUCGAAAGUCUAUUUUCAGUACAUCUCUAUGCAGCAAUGGUAUCAAGCGUGAGACUUGUCAAAGUAGUGGGGAGCUGCCUGAUACAAAAACAUUGAGGGCUCGGUUGGAGCAUAAAUUGGAGAUGGAUGGGAUAAAGUUAUCGAUGGACUCUGCUAAUCUUCUUAAUACCGGAUUGGAUGCAUUUAUCAGAAGAUUGAUCGAGCCUUGUUUGAAUUUGGCUAGCUCUCGUGUGAGAGAGAUGAACAGCCAGCAAAAGCGAGCGCUAUCCAAUAUAUCGAUGUUGGAUUUCCGUGCUGCCAUGGAGUUGAAUCCUCGGGUUCUUGGAGAGGAUUGGCCAAUACAUCUAGAGAGGAUCUGUUCCCGAGCGUCAGAAGAGUAA